AUGAGUUUACCAGAUGGGAUCUACACCCCAGUUCCAACAUAUUUCACCGAUGACUUUGGAUUAGAUUUAGAUACUCAAAUCAAACAAGCUAAAACAUUAUACGAAGCUGGUAUUAAAGGGUUAGUCAUUGCAGGAUCAAUGGGAGAAUCCAUUCAUUUAACUAGAAAGGAAAGAUUGACUCUUGUGUCAACUAUCAGAAAAGAAAUUCCUGAUAAAGAAUUCAAAUUGAUCUUAGGUAUGCCUUAUACUAAUAUGGCCGAUACUGUUGAUGAGAUCAGUGAAGCCAAAAAAGUAGGAGCUGACUAUGCUAUUUUAUUAACUCCAGGUUAUUACGGAAAUAGUUUAACUCAUCAACAAGGAAUUAUUGAUUACUUCAAAUUAGUUUCUGACAAAUCAGAAUUACCUAUUAUCAUCUAUCAUUACCCAGGAGUCAGUAAUGGUACUGAAAUCAACCCAAAAACAUUCCAAACUUUAAAGACUUUUGAAAACAUCAUCGCUGUCAAAUUAACCCAUUUCAAUAUGGACAGAUAUAUUCUUUUAACCCAAGGAAACGAAGAAUACAAUUUCAAACCAUUCACCGGAUUAGGUCAAAUUUUGAUUCCAUCCUUAUCUAUUGGAGCUCAUGGAGCUAUUGAUGGAUUAUCAGGAAUCUUCCCUAAAUGUAUGGUUCAUUUAUAUAACUUAUACAAAUCAGGAGAAGUAGAAAAAGCUAAAGAAUUACAAUUUUUAGUUACAUCAGCUAACCAGAUGAUCUUUGAUAUCAACUUGGUUGGAGUUAAAAAUGCUAUGAAGAAAAUUCAUGGUUUGGGAAAUGGAAAAGCCAGACCACCAUUAUCAAAUGUCAUUUCCGAAGAAACUUGGUCUAAAUACGAAGAAGAUUUGGAAAAAUUGAACCAAUUCGAAAAAUCUUUAUAG